ACAGACUCACACACAGGACAUUCUAGAAGGGUGAAUGAUUUUGCCCAAUUUAAAGGAGCUUUGCUAACUGCGUCUGCUGAUGGAACGUUGCAGGUGAAGAUGUUAUUUUUCUGUUGCUGUUUCUUAUCUUUAUGUUGUGAAACAUCAUGGAUUGUGAGGUCCAUAACAAACCAGUAUAGACCUUUGUAUAUUUUCACUACAAAAUAAGCAUAAAAGGGGUGGGAAGACUUUUUAAACUUAAACAAAGAAGUUGAAAACCCUCGUAGGCUUGGGCGGUUUACCGGUUUUUCGUUUUUUUUCGGUUUUAUUUUCAAACCGGUUUUUUCGGUUUAGCUUUACAAAAACCGGAAAACCGUCAUUACGUAAUUGUUUACUGUCAUCGCCUGAAACUCGAUCAUAAUUCUCAAAACAUGACACCAAUUAAACUCAAUUACGUGACACUAGAUACAAAUUCUAUUCUUUUUCCAUAAAGUCGGUAAGAACUGAAGAGGUAUAAGUUUUCAAGUGCGUUCUUGACCCUUUUAUUUUAAAACUGAAGUCGUUUUAGGUUACCUUUGCACAAUUUUGCGUUUUGUCAUGUACGGUUCGUUUGCUUAUUACAGAAAAAUACCACAAUUCCUCCUCAUACAGUUGACAUACAAAUUAAAGGGAAAAAAACGGUUUUUCGGUUUUACCGGUUUAGAACCAGACGAUUUUCGGUUUUGAUUUUAAGCAAAACCGCCCAAGCCUAAACCCUCGUCCAAUAACGAUAGUGACAACAUAUGGAUGGUAAAAAGACUGGAGAGGAAACUCGUGAUCACAUAUGAUGUUUUCAGCGUACCAAUUGCGUCUCAACGUUAUCACAUCACGGGCAAUAGGACAGGUGUAGUGUUGUUAAAUAAAAAGUUAGAAAUGGUAUUGUACUUACCCAUGUAUUAUAAUUAUGUUUAGAAGAUCAGAAUAUUCAUAACUUCUUAUUUUGUUUCAUAAAUAGUUCUUUAAUAUUCGAAACAAAUUCCACAUCUACUUUGUCUGCCGCCGCCAUGUUUACUCGCCCCAAUCUACAUACUACACAGCACAAGGAGGGGCGGCAAUGCCGUGUAGUAUGUAGAUUGGGGCGAGUAAACAUGGCGGCGGCAGACAAAGUAGAUGUGGAAUUUGUUUCGAAUAUUAAAGAACUAUUUAUGAAACAAAAUAAGAAGUUAUGAAUAUUCUGAUCUUCUAAACAUAAUUAUAAUACAUGGGUAAGUACAAUACCAUUUCUAACUUUUUAUUUAACAACACUACACCUGUCCUAUUGCCCGUGAUCACAUCGUCAAAUCCACAAUAAUGGCACAUUUAGCAAUAUUAUGGCUAAACAUUUUAGUCAAAAAACCUAUGAGUAUAUAACCACGCCAUUCCACAUCAUUUCUACAAUGGAAUAUGUGAAUAUUAAUUGUAGUCAUUUUCAAGGACCAUUUCAAGCACUAGACGGUGAAAUAUGCGUCAAAAAGGUCAAUUAAAUAAACGGUAUUCUUUGCGAUGUCAAUUUUGUUAUCUACAAAUUAAAGAAAAAACCUAAACCAAGGACGAACAACAUUUACCUCGAAUAACUUGUCGUGGCAAAGGCAGGUUUCUAAGACAAUAAAACCAUCUUGAAUCUCAAUAUAGCUUUUUUGAAUAUGGAAAAUAUAGUGAAAUCGCAGUAAAAGCUUCAUUACAUAUUCGCAAUCUAUCAAAAAAUUCAAAUAGGAUGAUUUAUUGGCGUCAACUAGUUUCUUAUCCAUUUUUAACUAUUCAUGGUGAAAAUAGAAAAAGAAAUAUGUUUACCUCUUUGGAUUUAGUCCUAUAUAUGUGCCACAUAUGACAAAUAUUGUGGUCAUGAGUUUCAUAAAAUGUGAUGAAACUAAAUAACAUAAUGGCGUAAAGGAAGAAAAGUUGUUGGAUGGGGUUGACAAUUUUUGGAUGGUGUUGGGGUAACAUUAUUGUUGGGUCCUUUUCACCAAGCCACAAUUCCUGUUUAUAGUGAAUGCGUGUUCUCUUGUGUGUUCAAGUCUCUAACUUGAUAAAGUCUUUCACGAUUUUUGUUAAUUUAAUAAAGUCUUUCACGAUAUUAUUUUAAAGAUUUAUUUUCAACAAGAUUUUUAUUUUAAUUUAAUACUUUUAUUUUAAGAUUUUUAUUUUCGGAAAUGCAACGCGUGAUUGCAUUCAAUGAAGUAUAUAGCCAGAACGGCAGAAGUGCAUCAUGCUUUUACAUUCGGAUUGCGGAGGAGAGUAAAGUCAACACACGAUUGGUAAAUUUCUUCAACUUUACCUGUCCUUAGCCUCCUCCGCAGGCCUCUCGUGGUCCUCCCAUGGGUUGCUUGAAUUCACUUCGAGUUUUUUGCCCGCAACCAAUGUCUUCCCACCAAUGGGCAAAGAUUCAUGGAAGACAACUAGAAAAUUUCAAUAUUUUGUUGCAGGUGCAUGAGCCGUCCACAUCAUCACCAUCAAGAUUAAUCUUGGAUCAGAGGAAAGCAGAAAUAACCAGAGUGAGUAUUUGUAAGAAAUGUUAACGUAAUAAGUUCUAUGACAUUACUCAAUGGUUAUUUUAAAACUUAAGAUUGCUGUUGAAUAUGUUAGCGCACUUGAUGGUGAACCGGUCAUGUACAUUUUUGCAUAAGCGUACAUUUCAUCGAGUUUCAUAACCAGAGUUGUAUUGCAUAUAUGAUAUAUCUCCCUGGGCGUUCCUGAAAUUUGUAUUCUACAGACUAUGUCCUGCAUGUAAGCACAAUGAACCAGGAUUAAGAACUUCAUAUUAAUCUUCUUUAGCUGUCCACCUGUGAAGAUAUUUUGGCAUCCGCUUCAAGCGAUGGAAAUAUUUGUCUAUGGAAAUUAAAAUAA